AUGGCAGACAUUAAAUCUACCAAUGCUCCCGCCGACGAGAUCGAGCUUGCCAAGGAACAACAACAGGAAGCGACGCCCAACGGCUAUCACGAUGUCAGCGACGAGUAUCCGGCGAAGAAAAGGAAGAAUGUCCUCUUCAAGAUGGAUGUUCGUAUUCUACCAUCGCUCAUGCUUCUCUAUUUGCUCUCCUAUAUCGACAGAGCCAACAUCGGAAACGCUAAGAUUGAAGGCAUUGAGGCAGACUUGGAGGUACCUUCGAACUGGAUCCUCGAGAAAUACUUUCCGCAGAGACCUUCGAUCUACAUCGGCAUCAUCACAGUCCUUUGGGGUAUAAUGAUGACACUUCACGGCGUCGUCCAGGAUUUCGGCGGCAUUGGGACCGUGCGCUUCAUCAUGGGUAUCUUUGAGGCCGGUCUCUUCCCGGGCGCAGUAACUGUGCUCAACAAGUGGUACACCAAGUACGAGCUAGCCACGAGGCUAGCUCUGUUCUACACGGCUUCUGCCCUCUCGGGCGCUUUCUCAGGCUUGCUGGCUUAUGCAAUUGCCAAGAUGGACGGUGUUGCUGGCCGGGAGGGUUGGAGAUGGAUCUUCCUCCUCGAGGGUAUCGCCACCGUCCUCAUGGGCAUCAUUACCCCUUUUGUGCUUACUGAUACCCCCGAAAGAAGGCCUAAGUGGCUGACGGAUGAGGAGUGCGACUACCUCAUCCGCCGUAUGGUAGCACAGAAUGGCGGCGAGAGCGCGAAUAAGGAGGGCCAGAAGCUCAGCCUCGCCCUUCUCAAAGACGUCGUCACCGAUUGGCAGUACUAUCCUUUGGUGCUAUGCUACUGGAGCAGCACUGUCCCAAACUACGGCAUGAAGUUCACUCUGCCUCAAAUUAUCACGAACAUGGGUUACUCGUCGAGCAACGCUCAGCUACUUAGCAUUCCGCCCUAUGUUGCAGGUGCUAUUAGCUCGGUCGGGUUCAAUAUGCUCAGCGAUAAGAUGCGUCGCCGCAGCUAUUUCCUCAUGAUCCCUCAGGCUCUUGUGGUCAUCUCCUACUGCAUUAUCACGCCUCUGUCGCCACACAUCAAGGAUUACAUUGGUGCUUGCUUCUUCGCUGUUAUACUUUUGAAUAUCGGUGUGUACCCGGUCAAUCCCGGUACCUCAUCGUGGGCGAGCAACAACUCUGCUGGAGCGGCUAAGCGCAGUGUCGCGUUGGCGUACAUCCUAUCACUCGGAAAUGUUGGCGGUAUCUUCGCGAGCUACAUCUUCAUUGACAGUGAGGCACCGGGGUAUCGUACGGGCUUCGGAGUCUCGAUGGCGGCAGCACUCGCGGGCAUCUUUGCCGUUGCUUUCUUGGACUUCUUCUAUAAGAGAGUCAACAAGAAGCGAGACCAGAUGUCAAUCGAAGAGAUUUCAGAGAAGUACAGUGAGGAGGAUUUGGCGAGGCUUGGAAAUCGCAGCCCACUAUUCCGCUACACUCGCUAG